GCGCCGCUUUGGAGCUUCGGCACUCUGGCGCGGCAGUGUGCCCCGUAAGGGCACGUGCCGCCAAUGCCGCUCGCAGGUUUCACGUCGGGGGCGGAGCCUGAGAGGCAGUCAACGGAUUUCCGGUUCCGGGAGCAACGAACAGCGGCGGAGACGACAGCUACCAUUUCCGAGGAGGCGGCUGCGGAGGAGGAAGAAGAGUAGAGCUAGGCGGGACGCGCAGGCGGGACCCUUACCAUGGGUCUGAGGGCCUAGAGCGGCGCAAGCUACGGGCCCGGUGCCAAGCUGGCUGCUGCUGCUUCCUGAGGCCUCAUGGCUGAGGACUGGCUGGACUGCCCAGCCCUGGGCCCUGGCUGGAAGCGACGUGAAGUCUAUCGCAAGUCAGGGGCCACCUGUGGACGCUCAGACACCUAUUACCAGAGCCCCACAGGAGACAGGAUCCGAAGCAAAGUUGAGCUCACCCGAUACCUGGGCCCUGCGUGUGACCUCAGCCUUUUCGACUUCAAACAAGGCAUCUUGUGCUAUGCAGCCCCUAAGGCCCGUUCUGUGGCUGUCCCCAGCAAGAAACGAAAGAAGCCUUCUAAGCCAGCCAAGGCUAAGAAACGUCAUGUUGGACCCCAGAGAGGUGAGGUCAGGAAAGAGACCCAAGAGGAUGAAACCAAGGCUGAUAAUGACACAGCCCCAGCUUCAUUCCCUGCACCUGGGUGCUGUGAGAACUGUGGAAUCAGCUUCUCAGGGGAUGGUACUGGAAGGCAGAGGCUCAAGACAUUGUGCAAGGACUGCCGAGCACAGAGAAUUGCCUUCAACCGGGAGCAGAGGAUGUUUAAGCGUGUUGGCUGUGGAGAGUGUGCAGCCUGUCGAGUAACUGAGGACUGCGGGGCCUGUUCCACCUGCCUCUUGCAGCUGCCCCAUGAUGUGGCCUCAGGGCUGUUCUGCAAGUGUGAGCAGAGACGCUGCCUCAAGAUUGUGGAGAGGAGCCGAGGGUGUGGAGUGUGCCGGGGCUGUCAGACCCAAGAGGACUGUGGCCGUUGCCGAGUCUGCCUUCGCCCUCCCCGCCCUGGUCUUAGGCGCCAGUGGAGGUGUGUGCAGCGGCGCUGCCUUCGGCACCUUGCUCACCGCCUCAGUCGCCAUCAUCAGCGAUGUCAGCGACGCCCUCCCCUGGCUGUGGCUCCCCCUGCUGGUAAACGUGGCCGCCGCAGGGGAGGCUCUGAUUCCAAGAUGGUUGCCCAACGCCACUCCCAAGCUCAGGCACUGCCUCCACCUCCUGCAACAGAGCCCCCAGAGCCUGCAGAACUGCAUGCCAGCGCCCUGGCUCCCUCAUCACCUGCCGAAGUCAUCUAUUACUGGGUAGACGAGGACGAGCUACAGCCCUACACGAACCGCCGGCAGAACCGCAAGUGCGGGGCCUGUGCAGCCUGCCUACGGCGGAUGGACUGUGGCCGCUGUGACUUCUGCUGCGACAAGCCCAAAUUCGGGGGCAGCAACCAGAAGCGCCAGAAGUGUCGUUGGCGCCAAUGCCUGCAGUUUGCCAUGAAGCGGCUGCUGCCCAGUACCGGGUCAGGGUCCGAGGAGUGGGCAGGAUCGCCCCCACUUUACCCUCGUCGAAAGAGGCCUGGUUCUGCUCGACGGCCCCGUCUGGGCCCCACUCUGAAGCCCACUUUGGCUACGCAUACAGCCCGACCAGGUCGUGCCCAGGCGCCACUGAAGCAGGAAGCAGGUGGUGGCUUUGUGCUGCCUCCACCUGGCACCGACCUUGUGUUUUUGCGAGAGGGCGCCAGCAGUCCUGUGCAGGUUCCUGGCCCUGCUACAGCUUCUACAGAAGCUCCAUUGCAGGAGGCCCAGUGCUCUGGCCUGAGUUGGGUUGUGGCCUUACCUCAGGUGAAGCAAGAGAAGGCAGAUGCCCACGAAGAGUGGACACCAGGCACAGCCGUCCUGACUUCUCCCACAUUGCAGCCUGGCUGCCCUAGCAAGGCAGUAGACCCGGGCCUGCCACCUGUGAAGCAAGAGCCACCUGACCCUGAGGAGGGAAAGGAGGAGAACAAGGAUGGCUGUGUCUCCGAAUCGGCCCCAGAGGAGGAGGCAGGAGGGGCUGGCACACCCGUGAUCACGGAGAUUUUCAGCCUGGGUGGAACCCGCUUCCGGGACACAGCAGCCUGGUUGCCAAGGUCCAAGGGCCUUAAAAAACCUGGAGCUAGAAAGCAGUAGACUGGAGGCUUCUGCAGACUAUAGAACUCAAGGUGAUAAUUUGCAGACCGGCUUCACAAGACAACCCUGAUCUCCUAGGGACUGGACCAUAGAUUGGUUGCAGGGCUUGUGUGUAUCAACCCUAAAAGGAAAACUUCCCAGCAAACUUGAGCAGGCCUACUCAGUACAUCAGACUUAACAGGAAGCAGCUGGAAAGAGAAAGUCAGAGUAGAAAGUUGGUGUAUCUGCUUCUCUCAAAAGGAGAGAUUGGAUGGAACAGUUGGGGAGGUGGUGUAGGGAAGGGGAUGCAAUUAAAGCCACCAUAAACAGCCUAAAUAAGCUAAUAAUAUGAAUUAAGUGGCUUCUGAUGAGACCUGGCAGUGUCUCUAAACAUUUUCUCAGGGAGACAACAAUUGAAAAUGCAAUGUGAAUAAAUGAGGAAAGGAAAGGAAUUUCUUCUGUUCAUUGAGCUCCUAUGGAUCCAAUGUUUUGAAUCCUCAAAGCAGUCUUUUUAGGCAGCGUUGCUCUGUGCAAUUUUGCAGAUGAAAAAACACUCAGAUGAACUUUCCCUAUGUCGAAUAGCAAGAGUUUGUAAAGCUAGAAUUAUCCUGGGGCUGUAAAAGGCUUUGUUCUUUAAGGCACUAAACUUUUAACUGCAAUCCUACGUGCAGUGUUGUAGUAAUCAUCUUCAGUGACUUUGAAAACAGACAGUGGAUUACUGUAAAUAAUGUAUAAAUCCGUUAUACUCUUGCCUUUAGCAUGGUUUAAGGAGUGCCAAAGCUAUAUGGAUGGGGUAACUUUGUUUUCAGAGCAGCUAUUCUUAUAGAAACUGAGUUCAUCACAGGACCCGUGUGCUACAUAGCAAUCUUCACCCCUAAAAGGUGUCUUCUCCGUUGCGUGCUGUCUGCUUUGCUUGUCAGACUGACUCUCCGACCUCAGUCAGAGCAGUCUUUGGAAGUAAAGUCUUUCAAACUAAAGUCUUUGGAACCAGCCUGGCCCAUGUCUCUUGACAAACAGGUGUUUCCUGCCUUCUUAUGAGCUCUGCUUGCCCCUCAACCCAAAUGUCUACUAGGAGGCUAGUUCCUGCUUCCAGUUCUACCCCAGGGUCAGUCUUAGCUAAGCCUUACCUCACUUAGCAUGCAUGCUUCAUUCAUAAAAUGCCAAAAAGAUCAGACAUAAUUUGUUACUUAGCUUUAUAAGGGCCAAGACUGACAGUGCGUCCUUAAAUUUUUUAUUCUCCCUUUUGCCUCCCUUGCCUUACCUACUCUCAGCACUGUAUCGGUAGUUAAGUCAGAUAUGGAUUAGUUAUUUCCCAUUUGUAACUUAGAAGAUACAGCUCUCUGCCACUCUCCUCUUCUGUUCUCUGCCUUGCCUUAUUUAGCCCAGCCCCAACCAAGACUGGGUAAUCUGUUACUGCAAUUUUCUCCCUAGGGUCCAAAACCCAACCCUAUUACUCUUGUAAUUCUGACAGUGAUGUUCUCAGGAAAAUUCAUUUGACUGGCAUUCUGACUCCUGAGUGAAGAGUCUGAUUACCAUGUGAGUGAAUUAGGGUACAAUCAAGCAGAACCACCAAAAUACACAAGAUACACAUGUAUUUUAAGGGAUUUGUCAGAGGGAUUUGAACCUGUGUAAUUAUGGGAGCUGGUUAAACAGUCUCUAUAAGGCUGUUGUCUGCAUCUAAUGCUGGAGCUUGAAGUCUGCAGGGAGGCAGUCGGAAAGGGAAGAUGGAUAUAAAGUUUGGGAGACCGAGGACACAUUGGAGCCCACGAGCAAGAGCCAG